AUGUCGUCAUCUACUGGAGCUAACAGCGCUUCACUAGAAUACAAAGAAAGGAAUAGUGCUCCCUUUGACAUCUGGGGCUCAGGGCUAGCACUAGCUACACACAGCUAUCUUACAACAAAGGAUCUACCUUCCAACUUCAUCAUGGCAUUACCAUUUUUCUUUCCAGCAACACCAGACCAAUAUCCUUUCAUUCCCUGGUGGAGCGGCUUUACCACGCUACUUCUUGACACAAAUCCGAUUGCUGGUGACAACAGUGCUUCACUGUUUGAUAGCGGAAGUUCUUUCGACACUGAGGCAGCCAUGAAUGGAAUUGCCUCUGGUCACUGUAAUCCGGCAUUGCUAGUAUGCCCAUCGUCAAUUAAGAUGGGCAACAACAAUGAAGAGAUCGUAGUUGGCAUCGAUGAGUUAUGCUCCUCCAAACGAAGAGACGAAACAAUCGUAGGCCCGAACCAUGAAGGGACGCCUGGAUAUAUUAUAUCAGUGUCCGACAACGCGGGCAGGGAUAAUAUAAGCACUGUUGAGAGGCUAGCUCAGUGUUCUAACGCCGUUCAAUCUCAAAGCAGCAUUAUUUCGAAUACUGAGAGAGAGUCAGAAUCUCUGUCAAGUUAUUUUGAGGAGGCUAUCGGCAGCUGCGGCCUGGACCCUGAUCUCCUGAAUGAACAGGAAGAGUUUUUUCCUGAUUGGAUUUGUUCUGAUGAUGAGGAAGUCAUCGCCGUCGUUCAGCCGAAUAAGCCUAACGGACCACCUCCGCUCAGAUCUAAAAAUCACGACAUCAAUCUUGCACACCUUAAGGACAACCAAAGGCUGUUCCCUGGAUCGAAGCAUGAUGCAGUCAUUGAUCUCACCUGCUUCGAUGACGAAGAUGAAGCGAUCGAAACGACACAGACAAUUAUCUUCAUUGAUCCCACGUAUGAGAACGGUGUUUACAAAGGUCUUUCAGCAGGGAAGUCUGAUAGCACGAUCUGUCGCACCCUGACCGAUGAUGACUCUAAUCUCAAUCAUUUUGAUGACGAUGACAAGAUUUUCGAUGAAGAUGACGAGGUUUUGUCAAAUACAGAAGAAGCCAUUGACUACAUUGAUUUAACGGGUAUUGAUGACGUGGAGGAGAUCCCCCGUGCGAAGAAAAGAAAAUCAAGCAUAUCAGACAAGGUAGUAGUCAAACGCAGGAAAUUGUCCUAUACCUAA